AUGACUUUUCGUUUUUUGCUUUUAGGUUUAUGCGAAGUAGAAAAUGGCGAAUCGAAUAUUAUCGUAGAUAUAAAUGAAAGUAGAGGAAAUGAAAUAACUCAGGUGACCACGCCGGAAGAAUUGCCAAUUAUCGGUGAUCCAUUUUCCGAAGUGGCAUUAGAUCUUAUUUUUUCUAGUCGUAAACCAAUAUUUAUAUUAAAUGGAAAACGACUUCAACUUCUCGAACCGUUGGAUCGAGAUAAAGACAAUUUAUCUCACAUUGUUUUUCAGUUGACGUGUUCGGUUAAAAAUAAAAACAAGAAAAGAACGAUUCCAGUCAUAGUGAGAGUUUCCGACAUAAACGACAAUGCUCCGCAUUUUAUUAACACUCCAUACGAAACGACAGUAUCGGAGCUCACUCCGGUCGGCACGACGAUUUAUCAAAAUAUUCUUGCGAAAGAUUCGGAUGCUGGAGUCAACGGUUUGGUCGAAUAUUCCAUAGUUCCAGGAGAUGGUAAAAAUUUAAUAACGACGAACGGAGUCGGUAGAAAUAGGAUAACCGUAGGUGACGGUUACGGGUAUUUUUCAAUAAAUUUACCACAUCAGGGUCAAGUGACCGUCAACAGGAGCCUGGAUUAUGAAAAAACGCAAAGAUAUUUGGUCACGAUCGUCGCGUCGGAUCGUCCGAGAAAUUCGUCGGAAAAAUUUUCAUCGACCACGACUCUCACAGUCAACGUGAAAGACGAAGACGAUCAAGAACCUUCUUUCAUAUACAAAGGAUGCAUGCUGUUGGAUGGAGCUUGCAUAAAUCCAGAAUAUAGCGCAUCGGUGUCGAGCGGUGUUUUGGCAGGUGUUUUGCACAUAUCCCCGGAAAAAAUUCAAGCCGUCGAUAUGGAUUCGUUAAAUGCCGCCAUAGAAUAUGGUUUCUUAAGCGGAAAUCCAUUAAAUUACGCCGAAUAUUUUCAAAUCAAUCCGACGACUGGAGUCGUCAGACAAAUUCGUCCAGUCGAUACAACCGUGACGAAAAAUUUCGACAUAAUCAUUAAGGCUGAAGAAGUUACCGAAGCGAGAAAAUUCACGACAGCAAAAUUAUCGAUAACGGUUAAACCCGUUGAUGUUAAUCCACCCGUGAUUACGACAACGUCAGACGAGGGAUCGGUUUUGGAAAAUGCACCCAUCGGUACUAAAGUACUUGAUAAAGAUGGAUUCCCAAUCAGAUUAUCCGUUUCCGAUCCGGAUUUGAGUCCCGAGGAUCCGCAACCGGUUUACGCUUACGAACUCACCACCGAAUUUUUUCAAAUUGACAAAGAAGGAUAUUUAAUAGUUAGUCAGGAGAAUUUAGACAGAGAUCCACCCAGCCCCGGAAAAUUUAGAUUUCAAGUCGUCGCGAGAGAAAAAUCUGAUAGCGGAAAUGCUGCGAGCGCUCCGAUAACGCUCACGGUAUCUCUAAAAGAUGUCAACGAUAAUGCUCCGACAUUGCAAAUGAUUCCUCCCAUAACCGUUGAAGCCGGUGAAGGAAAGAGAGAAGUUGUCAGGGUCGAAGCAACGGAUAACGAUUACGGAGAAAACGCUGUCAUAACCUACAGCAUUUAUCACGUGUCGAAUAACGGUAGAGGAAAAUUUAAAAUAGAUCCACGUACUGGUCUCGUGACGACGUCGGGAAAAUUAAUCGCCGGUGAACAAUACAGCAUUACGGUACAGGCUACAGAUACGGGAGGAAAAUUAAGUCAAACGAUUGUCGAAGUCACGGUCAUACCAGGGCCAAACACAAGAAGUCCUGUAUUUUCCCAACCCGUGUACGAUCUUCAAGUGAGCGAAGGUGCAUCUAUAAAUUCAACUGUUGCCACGAUCAUAGCCGUCGAUCCAGAAAAAGAUCCCGUGACGUAUUCCAUUCUCACAGGUAACGAUUUGAGACAAUUUGCCAUAGGUUACAAAUCGGGAGUGAUAAGCGUUAUAAGAAAAUUGGAUCGGGAAGAUCUCACGAGAUAUCAACUGCUCAUAAAAGCAGAAGACACGGGAGGACUUUCGAGCACAGCCACGGUCAACAUAAAAGUCACGGAUAUAAACGAUAAAAAUCCCGAAUUUGUCGAUUUGCCAUACGAAUUUAAAGUCAACGAAGGUGAAAUCAAUCAAACGGUCGGUACCGUACACGCCGUCGAUUUAGACGAAGGGAUAAACGCUUUGGUAUCAUAUUCUUUACCCUCCGAUAUACCCUUCGUCAUCAACGAAACGACUGGAGUGAUAAAAACGUCGGCUGCUUUGGACUACGAAACUCUAAAGGAGCAUAAGUUUGUCGUCACCGCAAUGGACGGUGCACCCGAUCCUCGAUUGUCGACGGCAACGGUAACCGUUAAAGUCAUGGACGUCGAAGAUGAAGUACCCGUUUUUAACAUAUUAGAAUAUAAAUCCGUAGUUCCCGAAAACGUACCUGGAUACAUGAUCAUCAAAGUGAAGGCGGACGACAUGGAUACGAUAAAGAAAAUAACUUACGUCAUCAAACAAGGUCCGACUGAUUUAUUCAUGGUUGAUUCCGUCACCGGAGAACUCAAAUGCACGAGAGGUUUAGAUUACGAAAGAGAAAGUAAUUAUACGAUAAUAAUAGGAACAAACGAAAAUCAAUCUGAUAAACCUGGUGCCACGACAAAAGUCUACAUUCAAGUUGAGGAUCGAAACGACAUACCUCCCGUAUUCACAUCCGUUCCAAAACCGAUAACUUUAGAAGAUGAAAUCGCCAUAGGUACGUCCGUACUCACGUUAACGGCAACGGAUUCUGAUGGCACGUCACCGAACAACGUUGUCAGAUACGAAUUGAUAGGACGAAGAAAAGCCAACAAAUAUUUUCAAAUAGAUCCGGAUAAGGGAGUUUUACAAAUAAAAGAUGAUUUGAGAAAAGAAACCGACACCGAGUAUCAGAUCGAUGUGAAAGCGUACGAUUUAGGAGAACCGUCACUGUCGUCCGUGACGACGGUACCCGUUUACGUGAGACACACGGCGACGGUACCACCGGAAAUAGGAUUGGGUUUCGCCGAUGAUUUUUACACCAUAGAAGUAUCGGAAAAUGCAACAUCGAGGCAGCUCAUUAAGACGUUAGUCGUCAUAAACGGAAGAGCGCAUAACGGUGCGGUACCCCUUAAAUGCGAUAUAAUAAGCGGAAAUAACGAGGGUCUUUUUUACACGAACAUAACAUCGGAAAGAAAUUGCGAAGUCAGAUUAAAAUUGGCAAAAUUGGAUCACGAAACAACGGAAGAAUAUCAACUCAACAUAAAACUCGAUACUCUCUCGGGAUUGGUCAAUCCGCAAAAAUCGUUGACGACUUUAAAAAUCCACGUGACCGACGUGAACGAUAACAAACCGGAAUUUGUUUUCCCGCCAUUAAAAUAUAAAAAUCCACCGAAUUCGAACGUUUAUUACGCGGCCAUACCCAAAGACUCUCAAUUCGGAACGAACGUUUUAACCGUCAAAGCCACCGACAGCGAUAGCGGUCGUUAUUCGUACGUUUCUUACGAAAUAUUACCCAACGGUAAAAGUUCGGAUUAUUUUGCCAUUGACAACGUGACGGGAGUCGUGAGAACGAAAAAAUUAUUCGAUUCUAUCGGUAAAGAUUCUUUGCCGUUCAUAUUUAAAGUGUUGGCAAGAGAUAAUUACAUGUUUCCAUCGAAUAGUAACACGAACGAAGCUAAAGUAGUCGUUAAUCUCAUAGACAACGAAAACAGAUUGAUAUUGGUGUUGGAAGAUGCGAAAAGAGAUUUGGUACAAGAAUCUAAAACGGACAUUGAGGGGAUAUUACAAGAACAUUCGGGAUUGAUCGUGGGAAUAGAAAAAUUCACGCCAAAGCAUUAUUUAACGGAAAAUAAAACUCUCGAAUCCGAUAACACGGGUACCGAUAUAUGGUUUUACGCUAUUGAUCCGGAAACGGAAACAAUUUUGGAUAUAAAUCAAACGAAAAUUCAAAGGUCGAUAUUAGAUAAGGGAGUCAUGUCGAACAUAACAUUUGACGUUUCCGGUAACAUUCAAGUCACCGCUUCUAUGAUUCACGCACCUCUCGCGGAAACGAAACCUAGAACGGCCAUCGCCGGCGCGACUUGGGAUAUUUUCCCAUACACGAUAAUAAUAAUUGCUUGUCUCAUAUUGGUUUUGGGAUUAGUCGGAAUCGUUUAUAUUUGUAUAUCGUGGUCGAGGUACAAAGCAUUCAAGGAAAGAAUGCAAAGGAGUUACGUAGUGCCGAGAUACGAUCCUGUUUUCGUAGGGGAACCGAAUAAUUUAAAAGAAUACGAGACACAAGUGUUGCAAAUGAGCGUACCUUUGGACGACAACGAAAGUUACAACGAUUUACAAUUGGAUUUCAGUGCGAAAAAUCACGCUUUCAGCAUGGAAAACGUUAAUUACAUCACGAAGGAAAACAAUCGAAGCGGCGGCGGUGGUCAAAGUCCGACGUUGAGUUACGACGCGAAUACGACAGCGAGAACAUCAACGCUUUCUGGCGGCGGACAUCACAACAACAAUUUGCUCAAUAAUCACAACGAUUUUCAAAAUUCAACGAAUUCGUUUUUCGGAAGGUAA